GCAAAGAGAAGCUACAGAUCUUUCCAACUUUCAUCAUCACCACUUACAACCCAGUCCACAGUCUGAGCCAGCAGGAGGUCUGAGGAUCGAACCGUGAUAAAACUCUGUAAAGCUGAACUUUCCAGGAUCCAGAUUUUUUGUUUUAUUUCUACCUCAGAGAUGCCCGGCAGUGAGAGGAAACCUUCCUUGCAGGAUUUUAACAGUGAGAAAUGUGAAUUGAGACAAAAGAAGGGACAGAAAACGCUCGGCUGACGAACAAACCUGAGCAGUCGGACGCUCUCUUUGGAUGUUGUUUCCCCACGACGCCUUUUUACUUCCAGGACGACGUCACAGAUAGCAGCCAAUGUCGGCCGAUAACAGCCCCCCGCCGCCGCCGGCCUCGCCACGAGCUCUCCCCGUCCUCCCUCACCAUGCUGUCCCACCCACGCCGUCGCCCAGCCCACCCGCCACCAUCUGCAGCCAGCUGUCCAACGGCAGCCAGACGGCACCAAGCCCAACCAGCUCACGGUGCUCCAUCCACGGCGUCUCCUUCCUGCUCCAGAUCGGACUCACCAGGGAGACGGUCACGCUCGACCCCGGUGACCUCUCGCUGUCCGCCGUCCGAGAGCUCGUCUGCUCCAUCGUGGAUCAGAAGUUCCCUGAAUGUGGAUUUUUCGGGAUGUACGACAAGAUCCUUCUCUUCCGUCAUGACCUGAGCUCGGACAACAUCCUGCAGCGUCUGACGUCACCAGAGGAGAUCCACGAGGGCGACCUGGUGGAGGUGGUGCUUUCCGCUCUCGCCACGGCCGAGGACUUCCAGAUCAGGCCUCACACGCUGUACGUCCACUCCUAUAAGGCUCCGGCCUUCUGCGAUGACUGCGGGGAAAUGCUGUGGGGGCUCGUCCGCCAAGGCCUCAAAUGUGAAGGAUGCGGACUGAACUACCACAAACGAUGCGCGUUCAAGAUCCCCAACAACUGCAGCGGAGUGAAGAAGAGGCGGCUGUCCAACGUCUCGCUGUCGGGCGCCGUCAUGUCCGUCGCUCGGCCGCCUUCCACCGAGUUCACGCCGACGCCGCAGGAGGAGCGCCCCCUGCUGGGUGCCGGGAAGCGUAACUCCCUGCUGAGCGGUCGGCCCAUCUGGAUGGAGAAGAUCGUCCUGGGUCGAGUCAAAGUCCCUCACACCUUCUCCGUCCACACGUACACUCGUCCCACCAUCUGCCAGUACUGCAAACGCCUGCUGAAGGGCCUCUUCCGCCAGGGCAUGCAGUGCAAAGAUUGUAAAUUUAACUGCCAUAAGAGAUGUGCAGCUAAGAUUCCCAGAGACUGUCUCGGUGAGGUCGACUUCAACGGAGAACCGGCUAGUCCCAGUCUGGACUCCGAGGCGACGAUGGAGGUGGACAACUGUGACAUGAACAGCGACGGCGGCCAUAGCAUGGACGAGCAGGACGAGCCGUCCACUCCCGACGACAAGCUCUUCUACAUCGAGGGUUCCUGCAUGGACGGAGAGAAAGAUGACGAGACGCUGCGAGCCAUCAGCCCGUCGACCAGCACUAACAUCCCUCUGAUGAGAGUGGUUCAGUCCAUCAAACACACCAAGAGGAAAAGCUCCACUGUGGUUAAAGAGGGCUGGAUGGUUCACUACAGCAGCCGGGACAAUAUGAGGAAGAGACAUUACUGGAGGCUGGACAGCAAGAGUCUGACUCUGUUUCAGAAUGAAAGCGGAGCCAAGUUUUACAAGGUAGGAGACCCGGCCGGCUCAGAUCUGGUUUCAGCCGCUCGGCCAAACAAAGCAGCGACAUUAAGAGACGACUGGAGGGAGUCGGGUUCAUACAAGGAAGUCUCCAUCAGCAUAUCAGUGUCCAACUCUCAGAUACAAGAAAAUGUGGAUAUCAGUUCAGUGUAUCAGAUCUUUGCUGACGAGGUCCUCGGCUCCGGACAGUUUGGGAUCGUCUAUGGAGGUAAACACAGAAAGACCGGCAGAGACGUGGCGAUCAAAAUCAUUGAUAAAAUGAGGUUCCCCACCAAGCAGGAGAGCCAGCUGAGGAACGAGGUCGCCAUCCUGCAGAACCUCCACCACCCCGGGAUCGUUAACCUGGAGUGCAUGUUCGAGACCCCCGAGCAGGUGUUCGUCGUCAUGGAGAAGCUUCACGGCGACAUGUUGGAGAUGAUUUUAUCCAGCGAGAGGAGCAAGCUGCCUGAACGCCUCACCAAGUUCCUGGUCACACAGAUCCUGGUGGCUCUCAGACAUCUCCACUUCAAGAACAUCGUCCACUGUGAUCUGAAGCCUGAGAACGUUCUCCUGGCCUCAGCAGAACCCUUCCCUCAGGUGAAGCUGUGUGACUUCGGCUUUGCUCGUAUCAUCGGGGAGAAAUCUUUCCGCCGCUCUGUCGUCGGCACUCCGGCGUAUUUGGCUCCGGAGGUUCUCCGCAGCAAAGGCUACAACCGAUCUCUGGACAUGUGGUCAGUCGGUGUCAUCAUCUACGUCAGUCUGAGCGGGACGUUUCCAUUCAACGAGGACGAAGACAUCAACGACCAGAUCCAGAACGCUGCCUUCAUGUACCCAUCGAACCCCUGGAAGGAGAUCUCAGAGGAGGCUACAGACCUGAUUAAUAACCUGCUGCAAGUGAAGAUGAGGAAGCGCUACAGCGUGGACAAGUCACUGAGCCACCCCUGGCUGCAGGACUACCAGACCUGGCUCGACCUCAGGGAGUUCGAGACGCGGCGUGGCGAGCGUUACAUCACCCACGAAAGUGACGACGCCCGCUGGGAGGAGCACGCCGACGAGCGAGGCCUGUACUACCCCAAACACUUCAUCAUGUCGCCCAACCUGGACGACAUGGAUGAGGACCCCUAGUGGCGUCCGAGGGGCCAAAGUUUCUUUCUUUACAAAGAAAAAAAAACCCAGAGGAAGUGGUUUGCAGCGGAUGCCUUGGAAACCGUCACCAUGGAGACCGUGAGCUCUACGUAACACGGCGCUGAAUGAUGUGCGAGGUCGUGACGGUCGGGCAGCUGUGUGAGGACACUGUGACAUGCUCACUGCGGCGAUAAUUCAGGUCCAGAGUAAAAAAAAAAAAAUUAACACGUUUUUUGACCUUUUUUUUUUUUUCCUUUUUCACUGCCUUUUUUUCUACAAGCCAUAAAUAACCAACAGACCCUGUGAGAGAUUUGUUCCCAGAAUUUCAACAUGUAGUCUUGUGAAUAAACAUCUGCACUGCCAGUCAAAGCCGACGAAGGGCUAGCUAAAAAGAAACAAACAGAGAAUUAAUCUACUUUCAGCUGAAAUAGGAUAUUUUUAUGACAUCAUUCUUACGUAAAGCUGUGUAAAAGAGGACAAGUUGAAGUUGUUUUAUGUGACGUUUACUGGAAAACAGAAAAAACAAACGCGUCAUUGUCUUGAAUAUUUUUCUGAGUAUAAUUUUGAUGUUCAUGUUGGGAUGUCUUUGCACUAUUGGGAAACUCUUUUAAAGGGGAAUUACACUGAGAAUAACUUCGAGUUUGUCAAUCUGCAAAAAGUGAAUUGAUUUCUUAAAAAGGUGGAACAUAUUCUGCUUUUAUUUUAUAUACUCGGUCAAAGUUAUCUCUACUUCCUCCUCGUAAUGACGUCAGAUUGUUGGUGCGUGCACAGAAACAGCCGUCCAUUGCUUAGUCUUUGUUGCUAAGGUUGUUGCUAAGGCCGUAAGUCAGUAAGCCAAUCAGAACAGAGUGGGCUCUUAAAGAGACAGGAGCUAAAACGGCCUGUUAAGAGACAGAGGCUGAACGGAGGGGCUGCUUAAAGAGCCAGUAGAAGAUAAAUAAGGAGAUUUUAACUUGUAAAUCAUACAAAAAUAUUCCAGUAGAGCUCCACAAUAUAAAUAUAGAGACCUGGAAACAUGCAGAAUAUGUCCUCUUUUUACUUUCCAAUGAUUAUCUGUUUUUUGAGAGUUGAAGAACUAA